GUUGCCGCGCCACGUAUCACUUUUCUUCUACUUCUCUUUUCCUCUUCGUUUUGCGCUCACCGUCACCGAGCUCUGUCACUCCUUUUGGAACCCAGCGUAAAGGGGGCGAAAAUAACGUCGAAAGAUCGGAACUUGGCUGGAAAAAUGGGCGCCGUAGAGCCCAGCUUGGAUGAGCUCUUGGAGGAGAGGAAACGCAUGAGGAAUCCUCUCGUCCCCAUUGGGUGCAUUCAUGACAGCGGGAGUGCUAACAGCGGGGCUAGUAAGUUUCAGAAGAGGGAAUUCACAGCUGGGACAGAAGUUGAUGAGAGCUCGCGUGGUUGUUCAAGGAGCAACUGUUGCUCUAAUGGUUGGGACUGCCGUAUACUAUGGACAGCACCCCUGGAACAAGAAGCCUGACCCAUCUGUAUAGAAGAUCAUCAACAGAAGUUACACAAGCAGCCUACCGGAAAAUAAGACAGAAUGAAUUACUUGCGCUGCCGCUCCCUUACCAAUUUGUAGCUUUCCUAUGAAUUUCUGGUAUCAAAUGUUUCCUUAAAUGGUUGACAGUUUGGGCAGUUGUAACUAAUAUGUAGGCUGUAGCUACUGUAUUUAUUUUCUUUACUUCAGAUAACAUUUUGCGUUGAGGCUGAAAUAAGGGGAUUUCAGAAGUUUUUUCUGUGAAAGUAAUACUCUUUUUCUUGUUAGUUUCAAUUUUUUAAAAUGAACAGGGAAAAUGUCUCCACAGUCUAUCCUAAUGCACUUGGCAGCAGAUUUAGGUGCUUGGGUUUUUAUCUGGUUGUGUGAGGGUGUUUGUAAUUCUAUUA